AUGUCUCUCCAGCGCGCCAUCCAGAUCCAGGGCCCCAAGCUGGCCAAGCUGGUCGCCAAUGCCCCCAUCCCCAAGCUGCGCCCCGGCUACAUCAAGGCCAAGACGGUUGCCGUGGCCCUCAACCCCACCGACUGGAAGCACGUCGACUUCCUUGCCGACAGCGGCGCCAUUGUCGGCUGCGACUACAGCGGCAUUGUCGAGGAAGUCGGUCCCGGCGUGAGCAGCUUCAAGGUAGGCGACAAGGUCGCCGGGUUCGUGCACGGCAGCAACCAAGACAACCACGAAGACGGCUGCUUCGCCGAGCACAUUGCGGCCAAAGCCGCCGUGCAGAUCAAGGUGCCCGCCACGCUGUCGAUGGAGGAGGCCGCGACGCUGGGCGUCGGCAUCACCACCGUCGGCCAGGGUCUGUACCAGUCGCUGCAGCUGCCCUGGCCCACGACGCCGGCCAAGUCGCCCUUCCCCGUGCUGAUCUACGGCGCCUCGACCGCGACGGGCACGUUGGCCGUCCAGUUUGCCAAGCUCUCCGGCCUGACGGUCAUCGCGACGUGCUCGCCGCACAACUUCGACCUCGUGCGCCGCCUGGGCGCCGACCACGUCUUCGACUACAAGUCGCCCACCGUCGGCGCCGACAUCCGCGCCGCCACCAACGACAGCCUCGAAUUCGCUUUCGACUGCAUUGCGUACGAGGCGACUGCCGCCGUCUGCGCCCAGGCGCUCACGUCCAAGCCCGCCGUCGCAAAGUACAGCUCCCUGCUGCGCCUGGACGCGCUGCCCCGCGACGACGUCGCCAACCUCAGCACGCUGGCCUACACCGCCCUGGGCGAAACGUUCCACAAGGGCGAAAAGGAGUUCCCCGCUAACGAGGACCACUUGGACUUUGCGGCGAGGUUCUGGAAGCUGAGUGGCGAGCUGCUCGCCCAGGGGAAGGUCAAGGUUCACCCGUUGGAGGUGCGCGACGGCGGCUUGGACCGCGUCCUUGAGGGCAUGGAUGACUUGAGGAACGACAAGGUCAGCGGCGUCAAGCUCGUCUACAAGGUUUAG